GAGCUGAAGGCUGUUUUUUGCCAGCUGGUCGCUGCGACUCGCAGCUACGUCAACUAUUUAAGACAACAACAAGUUAACUUAGGCAUUUCAUUACAAUCGUCGCAACGGAUCAACAGGACUCCGCAGCAUGACGUUGAAAAACUCUAACGGGGAGUCAGGCUGAAACUGCCAAGCCUCAUGAAAAAGAGAGUUUUAUUGUCCUAGCUUGCUGGCUAACGUUAGCUAUUUGUGUGGUGAGUUACAGACGGAGAGGGAUGUCUUUACGGUACAAAUACCGGCGCCCUCCGCCGAUCAUAAAGCAGGGUCAAGAUGAAGACUCGGAUGCGGAGGAGCCUCCACCGGGUCUGCUGAUCAGGGCGGACGGACUGGAGAACCAGGUCAUCCACAGCGGACACUUCAUGGUGUCUUCGCCGCACAUCGAGCACCCUCCGAAGAAGGGCUACGACUUCGACACUGUCAACAAACAGACCUGUCAAACUUAUCAUUUUGGGAAGGCGAGCAUGUCCCACCUCUCCAUAGAUGCUUCACUGACCAAACUCUUUGAAUGCAUGACUCUAGCGUACAGUGGGAAGUUGGUAUCUCCCAAAUGGAAAAACUUCAAAGGUCUAAAACUGCUUUGGAGAGACAAGAUCCGUCUCAACAACGCCAUAUGGAGAGCCUGGUAUAUGCACUAUGUGGAGAGAAGGGAGAAUCCUGUGUGUCACUUUGCAACUCCCCUGGAUGGAAACAUGGACUUGGACGUCCAUCGUCCUGCAGAGGACGAUGGCAUUGCCACAGAGGGGAAAUGCUUGAAAAGAAGAAUUGAAAUUGUCAUCAGAGAAUACCACAAGUGGAGAACAUACUUUAAAAAAAGGUUACAAAAGCACAAGGAUGAUGACCUCUCAAGCUUACUUAAGGGACCCGAGGAGCAGUUUUCGCUGUUUGGGGAAGUCUCUCCAGACAUGCUCCGUGUCUCAUUUUAUCAGGAUGAAGAGACUGCUGUACGCCGUGUGCCUCGUAGGCAUAAUGAAAUGCCGGCCCCCAUGGAGAUGGACCCCCUCUUUGACAUGGAUGUUCUGAUGUCUGAGUUUUCAGACACGUUGUUCUCAACCUUGGCCUCGCACCAGCACAUAGCAUGGCCUAAUCCAAGGGAGAUUGCCCAUGCUGGGAACGCAGACAUGAUCCAACCUGGACUCAUCCCUUUACAACCUAACCUAGACUUCAUGGACUCCUUUGAUCCACUGCAAGACUUAUUUCACAGCCUCCGUCCGCCCGUCUUCCCCUCUGUUUUACCCACUGCACCAUCUGUCACCCCUCUACCCAGCAGCAGCUCUCGGUCCCAGACCCAGUUAAUGUCCUGCAUGCUCACGAGCAACCACAUAUCCCCUCCUGGCCCUCUGCCCAUCCCCUCUCCCAUGGCCAGUCAAAGCAGUCCAACAGGAGGUGCUGGGGGUGGUGAUCCUGAUUCUGCCUAUGCAAGAAACUACAUGCCUCUAUUUCCUGGGCAGGUGGCGCCCUGUGAUCCAAGAGUGGUUUCCUCAGUCUCUCAGCCAUUAAGCGAGGAUCCGUUUUUGCAGUGCCUUUCUGGUCAGGACUUGACCUCAGCACCAGCUUCGAUGGUUCCCUCACCGCUGGACAAUACCUCAGCGCUGGAUGAGACGCACACCGCCCCCUCUACAGUCCCACUCAGCGAUGCAGCCUCCACCUUCAGCCAGGCCUCAGAGUAUAACUCCAUAUCUGCACCGCCUCCCCCUUCCCAACUGCAGUCCUUGGCUCCAUUACCGGCCCUUCCUGUCAGGCACCCUCAGACUUUUGUCCUGCCUCGCCCCUUUCAGUCGUCCAGUUCCAACAAAAAUCGCCCUGUGCAAAGGAUUGCUCCUGCUAACACCCUCCCCACCUCCCACCUCAUCCUCACAGCCCCUUUCCCAGGUCAUGCCAACGCUGUUAUUGUUACACCAACACCUCUGAAAGCAGACGUCCAUAAUACUGGAGUAGUCAUCACUCCUUCUCAACUUGGAGGGGCUCCUGGAUUUCACGUUGUGUCUCACAAGUCGCCACAACUGAUAGUCCCCAAAGAAAAGUCUUCUAACCGCAAAAAUCAAAAAGCCUCCUCCAGUGCCGGUCACAGUCAGCCAGGAUCAGGUCAGGGAUCCCCGUGUGGGUUAGAUCAAGCUCCUAGUCCCCAGUCGCUGGUCAGCAGCAGCACUGUAACGUUGGUGAAGAUUGAACAAAACCAGAGCCGAAGGACAACACACAUAUCUGCUGAGCAAAAGAGACGAUCAAAUAUAAAUAUUGGCUAUAAAACACUCUGCAACCUGAUCCCUACUUUAAAGUCCCAAUCCAAUAUCAGUAAUGCCAUCACGUUGCAAAAGACUGUGGAUCACAUUGGGAAGCUCCAGCAGGAGAGGCAGCAGAUGCAGGAGGAGGUCAAAAGACUACGAGAGGAGAUAGAGGAGCUCAACGCCUCCAUUAACUCGUGUCAGGAGCAGCUGCCUGCGACAGGGGUGCCCGUCAGGAGGAACCGCUUCGAACACAUGCAGGAGAGGUUCAAAGAAUAUGUGAAGAACCGCACUCUGCAGAACUGGAAGUUCUGGAUUUUUAGCAUCAUUAUCAAGCCUCUGUUUGAUUCAUUCAAUGAGAUGGUGUCAACCACAAGCAGAGCAGAGCUGUGUCAGACCACGUUGCAGUGGGUCGAUCGUCACUGCUCCCUCCCAGUGCUCAGACCCAUGGUGCUGAGUACUCUUCGCAAGCUGAGCACAAACACGUCCAUCCUAAGCGAUCCGUCCCUCCUGCCUGAAGAAGCCAUCCAGGCCGUUUCACACACAGACGUGUAGCCUCGCUCUCUGAGGUGAGGCGGCCAAAAAAAAACACCUGAAACUUUAAAGCAAUCAUCAAAAUGACAUAUCACUAGUUCACCUUACAGCCGCUCAGCAAGGACACCACAGAUCCUCCACCUCUCUGAAAAAUAAACAAAAUGAAAAAAUG